UCCCACGGUGCGCAGGCUCGUCACUAGUUACCACAAACACAACGGCAUACAUCAACCCUGCCUAUUUCUACAAUGGGAAUUUAACCCUAAAUUGAGCCACACUGCUAGCCGUAUACCUAAUAUUAACCUUACAUUAAGACAAACAAGCAACAACAUGUGAUAUAGUCCAUGUUUACUUUGUGGCUGUGAUAACUAGUGACAACCUGGACCAUCUCAAGAUGGCGGCUGGUCGGAGGAUGAGGAUGAUAUCGGCUCGGGGUUGUGUGUUUCUGGCCGUGUUGUGCACCUUCUCCGCCGGGACCUGCGACGAACAGGUGCCGCUGAUGCUAUGGACGAGUGAAGGGUCUGGUCUGCCGUCUCAGGCUGUUCCUGCUGCUGGUCACAUAGUGGGUAUCAGUCAGUUGAGCUCAUACCUAGAGACCGCCCUGGGGUCCGCCCCGCGCAAUGUACUGCUCUUCCUGCAGGACAAGAUGAGCAUUGAGGACUUCACCAUGUACGGAGGGGCGUUUGGCAACAAGCAGGACAGUGCCUUCCCUAACCUCGAGGAUGCGCUCCUCUCCAGCCCUUCCCCAUUGGUCCUGCCUGCCGUGGCCUGGCCAGCAUCCAGUGCUGUGAUCGGUCAGCUCCAGGACCAAUUAGAUACCUCUCCUCUCUACAUGGAACCAGAGACACUCAGCCACCUACGACUCAACGCUUCUACCCCCGCCCUGCUGGUGUUCAGACUACCCUACAGCACCGGGUCUGAUCUGAUGUCUGCUAAGGAGGUUCUCAAUGAGAAUGAUGAGGUGAUUGGACAGGUGAUGAGCAUUAUGAAGAGCCAGUCUGUCCCCUACACUGCCGUCUACACUGCAAUGAGACCCUCACGGGAGGUGUCAUCAUCUCUGUCUAUGGAUAUGGAGGCUGGUGUGGGAGGAGGGCGCUCCCUAUUGCAGUACGGAGACAGAAAGAGGGAGAGAGACAGACAGCGGGAGAGAGAAAGAGGAGAGAACCAAGUCAAGGAGAAGACAGGAGUCUACCCUCCAGUUGAGUUUAAGGAGGGCGGAGCCGGCUGCAUCAUGCUGUGGGCGGAGAACCUGACCGUGAGCGUGCUCCGUGGUGGUCGCUGGGAACGACAUGACCUCACCGCUCUGACCUUUGGAGAGGGCGUGACCCCUAGGCUCCAGGGCUCCCUCUGCAACCAAUCACACUCCAGUCUGGUUCUAAAUUAUGAGAAUAUCUUGGGACACCGCUCCUUCAAACUAGUGUUCGCCAUGUCCCAGCGUCACUACAAGGUGUCAGCUCGCGGCUGGUUUACUCUAGACGCCGUGGAGAUAGAAUACGACGGUCAGAAAGCAACGUUUAACGGGAGCCGUAGCGUGUACGCACCGGCUGAGUACUCUUACCGCUGUCAGACGGUCACUAACUUCAGAUACCCCGUCCUGGUACCGCGGACCUCCAAAGACCCUGCUAACCAGUGGAGGGUCUCGUUCACCGACUUCCAGAUCCAGGGUUUCAACGUGGCAGGGGGAGAGUUCUCCUAUGCCAGUGACUGUGCAGGGUUCUUCAGUCCUGGCAUCUGGAUGGGACUGCUCACCAGUCUACUGAUGCUCGUGGUCCUAACCUACGGCCUCCAUAUGAUCAUGCAGCUACACACCAUGGACCGCUUUGAUGACCCCAAGGGACCUGCUAUCUCCGUACCACAGACUGACUAACGCACGUCACACACACACACACACACACACACACACACACACACACACACACACACACACACACACACAUAUAUAGACACAGACACUUGUAGUGAUUUCCAUUUUACAUUUCUCCUGUCAUUCCUUUAUUUACCAACAACCAUACAAGAAUGCUCAGCGAAUAGGAAGGAAGGAUCAGGAAAGAAUGGAUGGGGGAGGGAGGGAGGGGAAUAAGGGAGGAAUAUUUAUGGUAGAGAAGGGAGGAAUCUGUUACUGAGGGGAAUGAGGGAUGAAUAUUUAUGGUAGAGAAGGGAGGAAUCUGUUACUGAGGGGAAUGAGGGAUGAAUAUUUAUGGUAGAGAAGGGAGGAAUCUGUUACUGAGGGGAAUGAGGGAUGAAUAUUUAUGGUAGAGAAGGGAGGGGGAAUAAGGGAUGAAUAUUUAUGGUAGAGAAGGGAGGAAUCUGUUACUGAAGGGAAGGAGGGGAAUAAGGGAUGAAUAUUUAUGGUAGAGAAGGGAGGGGGAAUAAGGGAUGAAUAUUUAUGGUAGAGAAGGGAGGAAUCUGUUACUGAAGGGAAGGAGGAGAAUAAGGGGUGAAUAUUUAUGGUAGAGAAGGGAGGGAUCUGUUACUGAGGGGAAUGAGGGAUGAAUAUUUAUGGUAGAGAAGGGAGGGGGAAUAAGGGAUGAAUAUUUAUGGUAGAGAAGGGAGGAAUCUGUUACUGAAGGGAAGGAGGGGAAUAAGGGAUGAAUAUUUAUGGUAGAGAAGGGAGGGAUCUGUUACUGAGGGGUCUGUCCGUCCAUCAUUCCUGUCUUUUGUCAUUUUGGUGUGAAGGUUGAUAUUACAUGGGCUGCUGUUUAGUGAAUACAGCCCAUGUUGUAAACACUGACUGACGUGGAUUUAACAGGUGACAUCAAUAAGGGAUCAUAGCUUUCACCUGGAUUCACCUGGUCAGUCAAUGUCAUGGAAAGAGUAGGUGUUCUUAAUGUUUUGUACGCUCAGUAUAUAUAUAUUGUGUUUGACCCUGUGAUUUGUCUCUUUAUCGUAGCCUAGGUUAGUAGCGUAUAGGUUAACUAGGGCCACGUCUGAAAUGGCACCCUAUUCAGUAUAGUGCCCUACUUUUGACCAGGGCCCAUAGGGGAAGUGCACCAUGUAGGGAUUAGGGUGCCGUCUGAGAUGUGGCCCAGUUUUCAGUAAGGCUGUUUAAUGUGCAGUAUGACAGGGCUCUAGGCUCCAACAGGGGACUAAGGGUUAACUAUGAGAGAAGGUUGAGGCGUGGAGACGAACCAGACGGACUCGGAGGUUAGGGUUAGAUGGCCUACCUUGUGUUUACUGAUUUCAAGUUGUUCUGUCGUUUCUAUGAGUUGUUGUUAGAGGAAGGCUUGUCUGGUCUUCCUGGACAGAGUCAUGAUGAUAUAUUGUAAUAUUAGUAGUGUUUCUAGUCCUGUGUGACUGUCAGGGUGAUGCUGUGAUUAACCCCAAUAAAGCCUUGAAUGAACAAUCGUCAA